UGCUCCUCUUGAUUUCAGGUCUCUGUUGGUUAUUAACCAUUCUUCCACUGUACCAUGGAGUCCCUGUCACUACCGUUUCACAGAGACCAAGGCAGCCAUGGAGACGACGAACAGACUCACAAAGGGCUUCGUCGCAAGAGGGAGUUCAUACCUGAGGAAAAGAAGGAUGACCUGUACUGGGAGAAGCGGCGGAAGAACAAUGAGGCAGCCAAACGGUCACGGGAGAAGAGGCGUAUGAAUGACUACAUGCUCGAGACACAUUUCAUGACCCUGAAAGAAGAAAAUACAAGGCUGAGUGCUGAAUUAACGGCCCUGAAGAUGCACUUUGGCCUGGUCCACCCAGCAGCUUACACUUCUUACCAGAGGAACCAUCUUCAAGACCAUACUGGUUUCAGUGCCCCACCCACUCCAAGUAGCAUCCACCACCAGCCAUUGCAGAGGGACUCCCACUGGGUAAGAAGAGGCCCAUCCUUUAUGCCCAGUCACCAACCCUCUCUCCCUGUUUUCAUCCCUGCAUAUGCCCUCCAGACCAUGAGAGGCUACACAUAUAUAAACCCCUCCAGCGGUUCCAGCAGUACCAGCUCGGGCCUCCUCGCGCCCCUGGUCCUCUCUCAAAACCUCUUGCCCACUUCAUUGUCAUGUCCUAUUCCUUUACCCAAAACCAGUGCUACAAGAGCCCCUCCAGAUGAGGAAAAGGAGCAGCAGGUCCCAGGAGUGCCAUCCCAGGGUUGUUCCGCUCUGACCUACAAAAUAACCUCGACAGGAAACAGACACCACUUUCCACCAAGACAGUAUAUGCUUGACUGACCCUAACCUUAAAAUACACAGUUGUAAAAGCUAUAAGUCUGAAGGGCUAGUUGUUAUGGGGGGUUUGUAAAGCGGCUCAUACUAAAAAUAAAAACAAUAUUUUGUUACAUUUAGCUUCAAAACAUUUGUAAAAAAAAAAAAAAAAAAA